GUGAGGUCCAUGCAAGGGUGCGACUGCACGAUUGACCCUGUUUUGUUCAACCACAAACGACAGACUCCGAUCACGCGUCGUUUUCCGCGUCACCGUUGUCUUUUUUCUUUCUUUUGCUGUUCAGCAGCAUCGAUCCGUCUGUGACCUUCUAUUGAAGUACAUCAUGUCUGCGCAUCUCUGUGCAAGCUGUGGGCACAGCUUCCCUGAUAGCCUGCUCGAACCCAUCCCCUUCAGCGAUCGCGUUGGCCGCUGCCUAAGUCAGACCACCCAAUUACUGCGUGAAACGCAUGGGAAAACGAGUGAGGACGCGCACCGGCUCGUGCAGCUCGGACAGCUCCUCCAGCAGCUCUGCGGGAUGAUGACGGAGGAGGCACAAAUCCUGCAAGAUCGCCAGAAGGACCCGCGCGGUGGCAACACGCGUGCGGCGACAAAUAAGGGCAGUGCUGAUGCACCGACGCACCCUCAGAACGGGCAACGCGACGCCGCAGCGGCGAUGAACGACACGGCGAGGAGCACCUCUCGGCAGCAGCAGCAGAUGAUGUUGACGGCCAACGCCACGACGUUAGACCGCACUGCGGGCGCUGCUCCGCUCAAGAUGUUUGACGGCGUGGUGCCACCGUAUCAGCUGAAGCGUAUGGUGAGCGCCUUUGACUUAGUCUCAGCCACCCUGUACAACGUGCUGGAGAGCUUGGCGGUGCAGUGCAGGGCGGGCGUGGCGCUGUUGUGGCUACGCCCUCGCCAGAACUCCUCUUCCGACCUCGUCGCACCAUUUGUGGUGGGACGCGACCUUUCCUCCCUCGUCCACUCCGCACCCUAUAGCACACCGGGGACCUCGAUGCCCUGUGUAGUGUGUCAAACUGGCGUAGCGCUGAACAUGCUGCCCCAGUCGCACCCCUCCGCAGCGGCGACGAAGGGGCUGGCCGCUGACUUGUCCCUGACGGAGCUAAUGGAGCAGACGAAUGCGGCGCAGCUGCUGGUGCCGGUGCACGACCGCUACACCGACUGCAACGCCGUCGCACGCACCUCGACCUCAGCCGCCGCGGCACCCGCCACAAGUGUGACGCCUGCCGGCAUCGCGUCGGUCAUUGCAGUCGUGCACCUCAUCGGCUCCCCGCUGCACCCCGUCCCCUUCCACCGCCACAACGAAGAGGCCACGGCACAGACCGCCGCGCUGCUCUCGUACAUUCUGUCGUCGUAUUACGACACCAUGACGGCGGAGUGGGCCAACCGCUUCUACGUGCCCACAACGCUGCACGCCACCGCGAAGUACACCGCCGCGAUCGACAUGCGGCCGGAGGAAAAAGUGAUGGAUGACUUCACCGAGCCGCCACUGCUGAUUUUCCGCACCGCCGUCGGCGAUCCGCGCAAACUGCAGAGCGCGAAUGAGGCGCGCGACGCCCUCAAACUGCUGCAGCAGAACUCCCUGCGCAAGUCGGCGCCGCUGCGUCCCAUGGCGAAUGUGAAAGACUUGCGUCAGCACGCUACGAACAUGGAGGCGAAUUGGGUGUCCGCCGUGCAGCAGACCGCGCGGCUGGAGAAGGAGAUCGGCUCGUUGGAGGAGGACCUGCUGCGGCGUGAUGUCGGGGCGCUGCUGAAGGCGCAGGCCGCAAAGGGGAACGGCGGGGUGCGGUGCUCGGCGUCCUCGUCCGCAAGCGCCACCCGCCUCUCUGCCACUGGCGGCGCUGCACGACGGAGUCCGCACCCGGUGGGGAAGGAAGCGACCGUCACCGCGGUGCCACCUGUGGACACCAUGCGAUCUAUCACCAGCUUAGACAUCCCGGUGGAACUUACGCCCGCUGUUCGCUGUUCAGUUGAUGGCGCUGCGGCGGCGAACGCCGCUGCGACGGGCAGUCCGCUGCCUCCUCUUAGCGGUGAUGUGCUGAAGCCGGAUGAGAUGGAUGUGUUAGAGGCGGUGACGCUUCGACGACUCAAGAAGCUCGGGGGGAACACGACAAUGUUUGAGAGUGCGUCGUAG